UGGGCGCGGGCAAGGGAGCGAAGGGCAGGCUCCGGAGCAGCCAGCGACACUCGCGUCCUCAAGCGCCUGGCGCCGCGCCGCCGCGGGCAGCCGGCCCCUGCCCCGCGCCCCUGGAGCUGCGCCGGGGACCUGCCCUUUCACAGCGCCCCGCUGCUGGUCCGCAAGCCGGCUCCUGGCCACGGAUCACUCGGUUGGGCCAGCCCCUGGGAGGGGGUUUGUAGCACCGCCGGCUGGAGCCUCUGAAAGGGAAGGCGAGAGGGUCUUUUUUAUCCUCUGCCAGCUAAGCGGCGCUCGGAGCUGUGUGUUUCUUCCGCUUUACCUGCCCCCCUCCCCGGUGCAAUAUCUUCUCUAAAACUCAUCCUGGGGAAUAGAAGUUACUUUUGGGUAAUAGGGCGAGUUGCUAACUGGACUGAAAGUCCGCCUCUUCCUAAAGCAAGUUCAGUUUGCGACAGCUGUGUGUGUAUCCCUCUAGUCUCUUCCAUUCUCCUGUUCCCCAAGUGUUGAAGACAAGUCCUCCAGUCCUGGGCCCGGGUUCUCCAAACACACCCAGGCUUAAUUUUACUAUGCUGAGUAGUCCCUCAGUGGGAGUAAAGAUCCAGGCAGCUGCCUGUGCAAGUUACGACUUAUGUUGGUGGACUGUAUUCAGAUGGAAUUUAACUUCAAAGUUAAAUUGUUUAAAAAAGCAAAUUUUCAGUCACAAGCCAGUGAAAGUUCAUGAGUUUAUCCCAUGAAAAAGCACCCGAAGGGAAUUGCUGACAGCUUGUGGAAGGGAGUUACAGUGAUUGUGGCAAAAUAAAACCUCGACAGCAGCAGCACAAGUAUCAAUCUAGCUAGAAAAAACUUGCAUGGAGCUGUUGAAGAGUAGGAUGUGGCUCUGCAGAGGAAGGCUCUUCCCUUUCGUUUAUAUUGAGAUCUGAACUUUAUGCUCAUGAGGAGACGCGCAAGUUCAGAAUGUGAGUCACACAGUGUGGUCAAGCAAGUCAGAACCAAGGGCUACCUUAGAAGACAGAAGUGCUCUUGAAAGAAGGAUAGAUCUAUCUUUGCUUUGUUGUCAUCACUGGGAACUGAGAGAGAAGUCAAAGCCAAACUGGAAUAAAAUGCCAGCUAAGGGCAAAUACUUCUUUAAUGAAAAUGAAGACUGCAAGAUAACAGAUCCACUUUAUGAGAAGUAUCGCUACACGAGCCAGCAGCAUCCGCUGCUUCUCCUGCUGCUCUUCAUUGCAAUUACUUUCUGUAUUACGCUAAUUAUAAUAUUCUUUGUCGUGCAGCAGGAUCAACGUCAUCAUCUUGCUUUCAUUAUUACAGUAUGUACUGCUCUUGUAAUAUUUGCAGUCAUGUACUUGCUUGUAUGCAUUGAAUCCUUAUUUCGGAGAUGGCUGAAAUUAUUUGGGAUUUUGAUUUGGAUCUGCUUCCUGACCAUAGGAUAUGUGUCAGUUUUUGGAACGGGAAAUAGCUCUUCAGUCUGUGCAUGGGAACAGGUGCCAUUCUUCCUGUUCAUAAUCUUCACAGUUUACACCAUGUUACCCUUUGGGAUGAGAGAUGCUAUCAUCAUCAGCGUCCUUUCUGCAGUGUCCCAUAUUGUAGCCCUAAGCAUUACAGUGGCACGAAAUCGUAACUCAGGCCAACAACUCAUUACAUUUCAGUUACUUGCCAAUGCUGUAAUUUUUCUUUGUGGUAACCUGAUGGGUGCAUUUCACAAGCAUCAGAUGCAAGAUGCUUCAUGGGAUUUGUACAGAUACACUUUAAAGUGCAUUCAAGUCCGAAUGAAACUGAAGAUUGAAAAGAGGCAACAAGAAAGCUUGCUUUUAUCUAUACUGCCAGCUCAUAUCUCAAUGGGAAUGAAACUAGCCAUCAUAGAGCGACUGAAGGAAACCAAUGACGAUAGGCAAAUGCAUGAUAACAACUUCCAUAAUCUGUAUGUGAAAAGGCAUCAGAAUGUUAGCAUCCUGUAUGCAGACAUUGUGGGAUUCACUCGUCUGGCUAGCGACUGCUCUCCAAAGGAGCUGGUAGUGAUGCUGAAUGAGCUCUUUGGGAAGUUUGAUCAAAUAGCAAAGGAAAAUGAAUGCAUGAGAAUAAAAAUUCUGGGAGACUGUUAUUACUGUGUCUCAGGCCUACCUGUGUCCUUACCAGUUCAUGCCCGGAACUGUGUGAAAAUGGGACUCGACAUAUGUGAAGCUAUAAAACAAGUGAAAGAAGCCACUGGAGUGGACAUCAGUAUGAGAGUUGGUAUCCAUUCUGGGAAUGUGCUUUGUGGAGUGAUUGGACUCCGGAAAUGGCAGUAUGAUGUGUGGUCUCACGAUGUUUCCUUAGCUAAUCGUAUGGAAUCCUCAGGAAUACCUGGUCGUGUACACAUCACUGAAGCAACGCUAAAUCACCUAGGCAAAGCUUACGAAGUGGAAGAAGGGAAUGGACACCUGAGAGACCCAUACCUUAAAGCAAUGAACAUCAAAACCUACUUGGUGAUUGACCCAAGGUCUAAACAGCAGACGUUGAAUAAUCAUCUCCCUAAAACACGAGUGAACGAUGGGCUGAAGAUGCGCGCCUCUGUCCGUAUGACACGUUAUUUGGAGUCCUGGGGAGCAGCCAGGCCCUUUGCCCACCUGAACCACAGAGAAAGUGUCAGCAGUGACUCCUCAGCUCCAAGUGGGAGACGAAGAAAGGAGAUACCUUUGCAUUCUACAGGUCGUCAAAAGACUUCAGAUAGAAAUACGUCCCAGAAGGGAAGGAUGGAAGAAGAUAUUUAUGAUGAAAUGAUGUCGACCAUUGAGGGUCUCAGUUCGACUAAACCAGGGUGUAGUAACUCAGAUGACUUCUGCGGAUUCUCACUGUUUUUUGUAGAAUCUGGAUUGGAAAAAGAGUAUCGCACCAUCCCCAUCCCCAGACUGAGGACUUACUUUGUCUGUGCCAGUAUUGUGUUGCUCUGUAUAUUUGUGAUACAGAUGUUUGUCAUGCCAAAAACCACAAAACUAGGACUUUCAUUUGGAGUUGUAGCAGUCAUAAUUGUGCUUAUUUUGUGUGUGUGUUUUGCUGAUAAAUGCCUGAAAUGCUGCUCAGAACAAUGGCCUUCUAUGCGCCACCUUUGUGCUAUUUCGGAUAAGGUAGAAACAAUGCCUCUAGUGAGACUCCCUUUAGCAGUCAUCACUAUAGGUGCGUUGCUGAUGAUAGCCAUUUUUAAUUUGCCUGCUGAAAAAAGUAGAUCCAUAAACGCAACUGGAUCAAGUGAUGAGGUUGUCACCUUCAUGGCUACUGAAAAAAGUACAACUGUGAACUCUACUGGAUCCUGUAUUAAGAAUAUCAGCUUGCCGUAUUAUACUUAUUGCUGCAUAUUAGGGUUUAUUGCUUGCUCUGUAUUCCUUCGGAUGAGCUUCGAACUCAAAGUUCUCCUUCUGUCCAUCGCUGUUACUGUGUACAUCAUCAUCUUUAAUACCCAUCACAGCUUGAGUGCAGGCUGCACCAAUUACACCAAUACCACUAAAAGGCUUUUCAUGGAAGAUCCAAUACUGAUGAUUAACUUAUACCUGGCUCUGUUUUAUGUAACUCUGAUCCUAUUUUCAAGACAGAUUGAGUAUUACUGUCGACUAGAUUGCUUGUGGAAGAAUAAAUUUAAAAAAGAACAUGAACAAUUUGAAACCAUGGAGAACGUAAACAGGCUCUUGCUGGAAAAUGUCCUUCCGGCACAUGUUGCUGCUCAUUUCAUUGGUGACAAAUUAAAUGAGGAUUGGUACCAUCAGUCUUAUGACUGUGUGUGUGUCAUGUUUGCAUCAGUACCUGAUUUUAAGGUGUUUUAUACCGAAUGUGAUGUCAAUAAAGAGGGACUGGAGUGCUUGCGGCUGCUGAACGAAAUCAUUGCUGAUUUUGAUGAGCUAUUGUUAAAACCUAAAUUUAGUGGUGUUGAAAAAAUCAAAACAAUUGGAAGCACUUACAUGGCAGCAGCAGGCCUUAGUGUUGCACCAGGCCAAGAGAACAACCAGGACCAGGAGAGACAGCAUGCUCAAAUUGGGAUCAUGGUGGAGUAUGGAAUUGCCUUGAUGAGUAAACUAGAUGGCAUCAACAGACAUUCCUUUAACAAUUUCCGCCUACGGGUUGGGAUAAACCAUGGGCCUGUAAUCGCAGGUGUGAUUGGAGCUCGUAAACCCCAGUAUGAUAUCUGGGGCAACACUGUCAAUGUCGCUAGCAGGAUGGAGAGUACUGGUGAACUUGGAAAAAUCCAGGUUACAGAAGAGACGAGCAAAAUAUUACAGGAACUGGGAUAUUCAUGUGAAUGUAGGGGACUCAUUAAUGUCAAAGGAAAGGGAGAACUAAGGACUUACUUUGUGUGUACAGAUACAGCCAAAUCCCAAGGUAUUGGACUGAACUGAGUCUGUAACGAAGUUUGUCAAAAUGUAUUUUGAGCCACCACUUCCCUUCUGUGAAGUCUUAAAAUUUCCUUCCUUAUGUAAAGGAGAUUAUUCCAAACGUAUGUGUACUACUAAUGGUCCCUCUGCAUCUCAAGGUAGGAGAGUGGCUUUAAAAGAAGUCUGAAAAUGCCUAGAAGCAAUUGUGGACUGCCUGUUUCUGGGAUAAUUUCAGGAUUUUUCUGUAAUUGUCUUGCAGCAUUUCCUAGUAUUUCCUUUCCUACAUUCAGGGAGAUUAAAGGUCUUAAUAGCACACGUAGAUGCACUGCUGAACUAAUUUCCCAGUUAGAACAGACAUUAGGAAAAACUUCCUGACUGUCAGGAUAGCGAAGCAUUGGAAUAAAUUGCCUAGGAAGGUUGUGGAAUCUCCGUCAUUGGAGGUUAAGAACAGGUUAGACAAACACCUGUCAGGAAUGGUCUAGUUAUUAUGUAGUCCUGCCUUGAGUGCAGGGGCUUAGACUUGAUGACCUCUUGAGGUCUCUUCCAAUCCUAUACUUAUGAUUCCACUGCCUCAUUCUUUGUUAGAUCUGCUAGCAGUGUUGCACUUGCACUUAAGAAAAAGUGACAGUACAUUUGGAACAUUGAUAUAUGCAUGGUCUUUAGUGCAAAGCUGUUUUCAUAACAAAAGACCGCUGAAUAAGGGGGCGGGGGGGAGAGAUAGACAAGCAAACUACAGUUUAAUAUAUGGUGAUUAUACUCUAGCUCCUUUUGGAAAGAGUAACUGUGCAAUAAUUCACAUUCCCCUGUCCCUUGAUGACUUUUCCACAAACUCAUGCCUCCCCCUACAUUAUGUAAAGCCUUUCUUGAUCAGCAGUUGUACAGGAAAUGAUUUUUGUCUGAAGUUGGUUCAAAAUACCGCUAUUAUGGAUACAACCCAUGUUGUUCUCUUUACCCUGCUUUUCACUAUACCAAGGGACAAACCAUAUUUCAUUUCUUAGAUGAGAUGAAAACAACUGUUUUAGUAUGUACUGGAAGUAAGCCACUUUGACCUUCAGAAUUAGUCUUUUGACUUUGAAGAAAUCCAGACUAUUUCCAGAGAGUGAAAGCCCAUUUAGGGAUGUGCAUGUUGCAGUGAGACAGUAAAUGUGAGUAUUGCAUUCACUGCAAUCAUGCCCUUUGACGGUGUAUAUUUAUACUGUGUUUUGUGAUGACUCGUUUCUGAGUAGCAGCCGUGUUAGUCUGUAUUCGCGAAAAGAAAAGGAGAACUUGUAGUUCUCUCAUUUGGUUUCCAUUGCCUGGAUGAGGCCAGUCCCUCAAACUGCUGACUUGUUUCUGAGGCAUACAGAAUUGCUAUCCCAACUUUCUUCUUGUCAUUAACAACAUUUGCAUUUAAUAUAUUAGUCAGGAUCUGGUGCUUAUGAAGGUGAAGUAUAAACUGCAUUGGCCAGUCAGGCAGGAUACCAACAGCUGAUGUGCAUACUUCCCUUAACAGAUCUUUCAAUGCACCUUAAUUCUGGCCUGCCAGCUAUUCUCCUGCUCAGACCUUCUCUUGACAAGAAACAGCCACUCAGAUUGUGUAGUGUUUCUGUGAUAAAGGCAAAUACAAGACCAAUUCUCCCCCCACUCCCCGAUUUGUGACCUGAGGCAAACUUGAACCUAGGUGGCACUUCCCCCUUUGACAACCCUUCCAAAUUAAUCACCUAUGCCUGUGUUCUCAGAGCUGUGCAUGUUUCUAAACAUUUGACAUGUCUGAUAUUUUCAGAAGUUUGUCAAUGUUCAAAUUUUUCCUUUAAAGUUUAUUCAGGUGAGUGUAAUUAGCUUUAAAUUUUAACUAAUAACUUUCUACUAUACAUAAUCAUGUCAAGACAUACUACUACAAAAUUUUGGUUAUGGGGAAGAUAGUGUCUCAGAAGGAUACCACCUGGUGUUCAAGUAUAAACAUUUAUCAGGAAAGGCUUUUUUUUUUUCCUCCAUUCCCUGUAUAUAUUGUGACUAGAAAGUGAAGUGGUUAAAAUAAAUUCAGGUAUUUAUUUUGUUCAGUAUAAAGUGCUAUGUUCAAAUAAUUUAUUACACCACACACAAAGCAGCAUUUGUUAAUAUUUCAAUUUUAGUAUGAGGGCAUAUGACUCCAAAUUGUCUCUUUAACAAUCGUUGUUGCCUGCACCACUGCUGUUUUUUAAUUACUGUGUAAUUUCUUGGAAAGUGCCUGUGUUUCAUGACAGGAACAAAUCUGAGUAAUGUCCUACUGUGGAUUAAAAACUUAGUUUUUAAAGCCUUACUGAGGGUGGUUGGUCGAAACUGCUUUUGCUGCAGUCUCCUACAAAAAAUAGUAUAUUAGACAACUUUAGUUUGAGGUUGGCUGUUUCCUUUCUGUCAACAGAUUCAUAAUAUAUUAACUAGUUUAACACUUAAACUUUGUGCUAAUAAAAAAAAGUCAGUGUAAUUUAGUAUCCUUUUGUAUAUUUCUGUCAAAUAGUUUUCAGUUCCCUAUCACUUUUAUAUUGUUUGUUUGUGAUAGACAUUUAACAAGCAUGAGUUUUGAGAUGUUAAUUUAUUUUGUUUUUAUAAGAAGCUUGAAGGCUUCGUUCAGUGGCCUUUGCUACAGUACUUCAGUUUGACAGACCAUACUGCCUCAGUAUUUUGAAUCAUGAAGUUUGCUUAUGGACAGAGCCAGUUCUGAAAUUAUGGCACUGUCCACAAUAGUGCUAGAGAUUUAGAUGUAAUUAGGAUUGUGGAACUAAACCAUAUCUAACAACACUCUGAACUGCUUUGUAUUGCCAUUAAAGCUAAUAUGCUGCUUGGUCUCAAUUAUGGAAGUGGUGUAAAGUAUUUUCAGUAGCUUGUAGCUCUUGGGCUGGAUGAAGUAGGGUUGUCUUUCUGCUACCGGUUGUAUUUGCUAUAUGAUCUUAAAGGGACAUCAUCAAUUUAAACUCUUCGAAAUUUUGUAGAGUAUUUAACAGCAUUUUUAUCCUCAGUUCACCUUGUUAUAUGAAAGACGCACCCACAGAAACAUUGAAAAGUGAGUGUAAGGCCAUGAAUAUUGGCAGGAGGGCGUGCGACACCUUGAGCGACUUAAUACUUUUUUAAAUGAUUAGAUUGUGUGCAUGAAGGGUCAUUUCUUUGGCUAAAGUCUUAAAUGGAGCCUUAGCAAUACAGAAUGCUUUUACCAGAACUGUGAAACUUACCUAUUAGGACUUUAAAAACACACAGUCAAGUCUUUAAAUACAAAAUGCCAAUUUAUCUAAUUUACAGUUGAUUGUAUACUGUAACUUUUAAUGAUGGAGUAAGUUAUCUACUGCACAGAAAGAACAAAACUUUUUUUUACUUUAAAAUAAAGACUUUUCUGAAACUUG